GGAGCAUUGGUCAGCUUUUGCCAUAAAAUUCUCUUUGAAGUGGGAACUUGACUGAUAAUGGUGAGAAACUAAGAACUGGAGACGAGGGAAUUACAGUAGAGAGGAAGUGGAUGAAGAAAAUGGGUACUUCUGGAUCUGAUGAUCUUCUAUUGCUUUUAGAGGACGCUCUUCAGCAGAAUGAAAACACUGAAGAAUAUACUGCAGAUGGGUCUGUUGAUCUCAAAGGGAAUCCUGUUUUGAAGAGCAAAACUGGGAACUGGAGAACCUGUCCUUUCAUUCUUGGUACAGAAUGUUGUGAACGUCUUGCUUAUUAUGGUAUUGCAAAAAAUCUUGUCAACUAUCUUACAAACAGAUUGCAUGAAGGAAAUGUUUUCGCUGCAAGAAAUGUCAACACAUGGGCAGGCACAUGUUACCUUACACCUCUUGUUGGGGCUUUCUUGGCUGAUGCUUACUGGGGCAGAUAUUGGACAAUUGCUGUCUUUUCCACAAUAUACUUCAUUGGGAUGUGUACACUGGCCUUAUCUGCAUCCGUUCCUGCUUUUAAGCCUUCUGAUUGUGUGGAUUCAAUUUGCCCUUCAGGAACUCCAAUACAAAAUACUGUAUUAUUUACGGGGCUAUAUCUGAUUGCACUAGGAACGGGAGGAAUCAAACCAUGUGUUUCCUCCUUUGGUGCUGAUCAAUUUGAUGAUACUGACCCUAGUGAGAGGGUGAAGAAGGGAUCAUUUUUUAAUUGGUUUUAUUUCUCGAUCAACAUUGGUUCACUUGUAUCAAGUACUCUUAUUGUUUGGAUACAAGAAAAUGUUGGAUGGGACAUAGGCUUUGGAAUUCCUGCAUUAUUCAUGGGACUAGCUAUUGCAAGUUUUUUCUCUGGAACUCAUCUCUAUAGGUUUCAAAGACCAGGAGGGAGCCCACUGACGAGAAUGUGCCAGAUUUUAGUUGCAUCAUUCCAGAAACGUAAGUUGGAGGUCCCGGAAGAUAGUACUCUCUUGUAUGAAACUCCUGACAAGUUUUCCGCAAUUGGAGGAAGCCGAAAGCUAAAGCACACCGAGGAUCUAAAGUGCCUUGAUAAAGCAGCUAUUUUAUCAGACUCUGAUGUAAAAAGUGCAAAUUUCAGCAACCAAUGGAAGUUAUGCACAGUAACACAAGUGGAAGAAUUGAAGCUUUUAGUUCACAUGUUCCCUAUAUGGGCGACGGGAAUUGUUUUUUCUGCUGUCUAUGCCCAGAUGGCAACGCUAUUUAUUAAGCAGGGGAUGCUCAUGAACAGAAGAGUUGGAACCUUCACCAUCCCGGCUGCAUCACUUUCCACAUUCGACGUCAUCAGUGUAAUCAUUUGGGUGCCAAUCUAUGACAAGUUUCUUGUUCCUACUGUUAGGAAGAUUACUGGUAAGGAAAGAGGAUUAUCGGAAAUUCAGAGGAUGGGUAUCGGCCUCUUCAUCUCUAUUCUUGCCAUGGUAUCUGCUUCAUUGGUAGAAAUCAAGCGUUUGCAAGUUGUAGAAAAGCUAGAUUUGGUUGAUGAACGUGUUCCAGCCCCACUUAGCAUCUUUUGGCAAAUUCCACAGUUUUUCUUGGUGGGGGCCGCUGAGGUAUUUACUUUCAUAGGGCAGCUUGAAUUCUUCUACGAUCAAUCACCCGACGCUAUGCGAAGUCUAUGCAGUGCACUAUCUCUUUUAACUACUGCAUUGGGGAAUUACUUGAGCUCUUUGAUCCUAACAAUUGUGACUGCUGUUACGACUGCUGGUGCGAAACCUGGUUGGAUACCCGAUAAUCUAAACAAUGGUCGUCUUUAUAAUUUUUUCUGGCUCUUGGCUGGUCUCAGCUUCCUGAACCUACUGGUGUAUAUCUUUUGUGCCAUGAAGUAUAAACAGAAGAAUGCUUCAUAGGCUUCCUGCUGAAAGGUAUUGUGAACAAUGAUACUGAGUCUGUUUAUACUGAGAUAUAUUGGAAAACUAUGUUAUAUGGUUAGGUACAUCAUUUUCAUUGUACCACUCCAAUGUAAAUAGAAAAAAGUUCGGUUCUUCACUUGUACAGCUCAUUCAGUAUAUAGCUUUCCUAAUGCGAUGUUUUUCUUGUGUUUGUGUACUUGUUUUUCUUUGCGGUCAAAAACUGAUUGGCGAUCUUUCUUGUUCUGUAUUCGUAAUGUAUUUAACAGUAUAUAUUUUCCCCUCUUUUUACUUGUUUAGGGGUUGUUUUGCACGAUAUGAAAACUAAUUGAAUCAAGUGAUAAUUUCUUGGGUGUGAUUUUGGAGCCUGCUUUAGACUUUAAAGAAUGAGUAUCAGCCUCUUCAUCUCUAUUCUUGCCAUGGUUAUAGCUUCCUUUGUACGAAGCGAGGUCUUGCUAGUCAUUAAAGAUCCGAGUUUGGUCAACGUUUAUUAUCCAGUCCCGCAUACCUCGGUUUUCUUUUUGGGCUCAGCUGUGGAAUUUAAUUUCAUUGCUCAGUUUGAGUCUUCUGAGUGGAUCACCUGAUGCUGUGUUAAGAUCAUUCUUUCUUGUUACUUGAGACUCUGAAGUCUGAACAAGGGCCAUCUAAUAAUUUUCUGGCUCUUGGCAGGUCUCGGCUUCUUGACCUGUUGGUGGAUAGAAGUAUUUUCUGUGCCAUGAAGUAUAAAGAAAAGAAUGCUUCAGAGAAUCCUGCUAAAAG